UCUGAAAGCCAUUGGUUACAAUCGACAACCCUAUUUUCUCUCCCUCUCCGCUUUUUCCACCCACCACUUCCAACCUAUCUUUCUUUCACUCCAAAUGGCCGAUCAGCUCACCGAUGACCAGAUCUCCGAGUUCAAGGAAGCCUUCAGCCUAUUCGAUAAGGAUGGCGAUGGUUGCAUCACGACAAAGGAGCUUGGAACGGUGAUGAGAUCACUGGGGCAAAAUCCUACAGAAGCUGAACUUCAGGACAUGAUCAAUGAAGUGGAUGCAGAUGGUAACGGAACCAUCGAUUUCCCGGAGUUUCUAAACCUGAUGGCAAGGAAGAUGAAGGACACAGACUCUGAGGAGGAGUUGAAGGAGGCAUUCAGAGUGUUCGACAAGGAUCAGAAUGGCUUCAUUUCUGCUGCUGAGCUGCGUCAUGUGAUGACAAACCUUGGGGAGAAACUCACUGAUGAAGAAGUUGAUGAAAUGAUCCGUGAGGCGGAUGUUGAUGGCGAUGGUCAAAUCAACUACGAGGAGUUCGUUAAGGUUAUGAUGGCCAAGUGAAGUGAUCGAUCAUAAUAGUCAUAAUUCUCAUUUAAUAGUGUUUUUGCUUCGUUUGGUUUGAUUCGAUUUGAUUUGAUUUUGUCAGUAAAAGUAUCUAGUGAUGGAUGGAUCCUUUAAAAUCAUCUUCUUGUUUAAUUAUGUAUCUGUGACCAAGUCUUCUUUUUUAAGUUCCUGCUUCUCAUCA